UGUCAAAAAGAUCGACGAACAUAAACAUAUAACUUUCUUGGUUUUCUUAGAGUUCGAAACACAUUUAGAUUGUUUUGUCUGCUGAAGAAUCGAAGUUAGGGGGAAAUGGGUGUUAGAGAAAUGGAUCCGUUAGCCCAGUUGAGCUUACCACCGGGUUUCAGAUUUUACCCGACAGAUGAAGAGCUUCUUGUUCAGUAUCUCUGUCGGAAAGUUGCAGGCUAUCAUUUCUCUCUCCAGGUCAUCGGAGACAUCGAUCUCUACAAGUUCGAUCCUUGGGAUUUGCCAAGUAAGGCCUUGUUUGGAGAGAAGGAAUGGUAUUUCUUUAGCCCGAGAGACCGGAAAUAUCCAAACGGGUCAAGACCCAAUAGAGUAGCCGGGUCGGGUUACUGGAAGGCUACGGGUACCGACAAAAUCAUCACGUCGGAUGGCCACCGUGUCGGAAUUAAAAAAGCUUUGGUUUUUUACGCCGGAAAAGCUCCAAAAGGAACCAAAACGAACUGGAUCAUGCACGAGUAUCGCCUCGUGGAGCAUUCUCGCAGCCAUGGAAGCUCAAAGUUGGAUGAUUGGGUGUUGUGUCGAAUCUACAAGAAGACGUCGGGGUCUCAGAGACAAGCCGUUGCUCCGGUUCAACCUUGCCGCGAAGAGCACAGCACGAACGGGUCGUCGUCGUCUUCUUCGUCACAUCACGACGACGUUCUUGACUCGUUCCCGGAGAUGAACGAUCGGUCUUUCAAUCUUCCUCGGGUGAAUUCUCUGAGGACGCUUCUCAACGGGAACUUCGACUGGGCGAGCUUAGCGGGUCUUAAACCUAUCCCGGAGCUAGCUCCGGCGAGCAAUGGUUACGGAGGUUACGACGCGUUUAGAGCGGCGGAGGGAGAGGCGGAGAGCGGGUUGAGGAAUUUGCAGAUGAACUCGAGCGAGUUGACUCAGAGUUACGGGUAUAGCUCGAGCGGGUUGAGUAGCGGUGGGUUCGGGCUUUCGGGUCAAACAUUCGAGUUUAGGCAUUAAGAGAGAGAGAGAGAGAUCAUGUGAUUUGGUUUGGUAGCUCUCAUGAUAAUCCCUGAGAGGGUAGAGUGGUAAUUAAAGUAUAUAAAUAGGGAUUUAUAUGGGCCUUAAACCGAUUCGGUUAGGCUAAGGAUUCCAGAAAGGCAAAGAGGGCUUGAUUAGUUUUGAUGGGAGGGAAAUGUAAUGAAAAUGGAAUCACAAUACCUUGAUGGAUUAUCAGAAUUCUUAAAUAAAAAAUAGUUGUUUGAGAUUGUUACCAUAUUCAUUCAACAUUCUCAAGUUGUAUAUAUUAAUGAGUUAAUAAUUUUCUCAUUUUUAAAUUAAAUGUAUGUGAAUAUUGAAUACUUCUUCUGUUUCAUAAAUUAA